GCGUCCCGGGUGUGGGGAGGAGGUUGUUGCAAGCGGAGGCGACAGUGGGGACGCGGCCUCCCCGGGCAGCUGAGUCUGCGUCUGCGACUCAUCGGGCUCCGCUGGGCCGCGCUGCCCGGGUCCCGCUGGGUGGAGCUGGGUCAGCAGGCAGAGUCGCGGUCCUGUCCCUCGCUGAGCGCUCGCUGCUGCGGCCUCUGUAGGCAUCUGAGCACCCACAGCCUCUCGACUCCGCAGCCUGGGCGGUGGCAGCAGUGUCGCGGUGACACUCGGGACUCUGGGGUUCGUGCGUGUGAGUGUAUGUGUUGGGGGGGGGGCAGGGUGUGGUGACCUUGGGUCCUGAGGGACAAGUUGAAGUGUUUCCAGUGCCAGAAUUUAUCGGAUUAAAAAAAAAUAAUUUCACAAAUUAUGUCUGUUUUGUUGUUAACAAUUAGCCGAGUAUGCCCGAUUUUGCUUGGCAGUCACGGGUUCUUAUAUAACAGUCUAAUUACUGACAUUAACUGGCAGAUAAGAUGAUCAUUUCACACAAAUGUGCAGGUCACAGAAUGGCUAAGAGCUGGAGUGGUGGAGUUGAAAGUCUGUUCUGAAGUAGGAGGCUUUGAGCAGAGACAGAUGCAAAGAAAAGUCUAUAGGGGACCAAAAGUGAUGUCCUAGCAGCGCGGGCACAGAUGUCAAAUGUAUAUGCAGUGGGCGUGAGUAAGUCAAUUUAAGUUGGCUGAGUGACCUGGACAGGAGAAACCGCACUGGAAUUGGAGUCCAAGAACUGGCUCCUGACUGGUUGCCUGCUGUACUUUGUCUUGGGAUGUAACUUCUGUGGUUCCGGGUGUGGGGGUUUCAUGCGGGUAUGACUGAUAAGCAGAUUUGCGUACUGUGUCUAAUAUGGUUUGGUAUAUUUUCAAGUGUCAUCGUUGAUGUUGUCAGUUUGUCCCUCCUGGCACCAGAUCCUGGUUGUUUACUGUGCUGCCUUCCUUUUGGGGGAGGGGUUCUUAUAACUUCAAAUUGGAGUCACUUUGGUCGGGGUUGUUGCUUAAUAAAAUGGAGUCACCCUUGGCUUGACUCUGUAGGAAAGCAGAUAGUCCCUACGGUAUAGAGUAUCAGGGAUCAGUCUGCCGUGUCUUCCUCGCUGUCUCUCCUGCUUCUCCUUUAAGUCUCAUAGAUCCAAGGGAAGCUUCCUCUAAAUUCCAUGACCUGUACCCGUAAGUCAGGGGAUCAUAGUGCUAGCAAUAAACCCUGAAUUUGUACUUUCUUCUGACAUUCCCAAACUCAUUGGAAAGGGAGAUGCACAUGCAUGGAUGACAUGGGGCUCUGUCAUAACUGCCAGUGCCCUCAGGUGUUUCUAGACGUUGCUUUCUGGUUUUAAAUUGUAUUUAUCACUAUUGUAUGCACAAUAAUAAUGCAUAGGGUGUGUAUGUGUGUGAGUGUGUGUGUGUGUGUGUGUUUUCCUGCAUGUUACCACUUCUUGCAUUUUGUAGGUCAGAGAACAACUUCAUGAGAUACUUUCUCUCCUUUACGUGGGUUCCCAGGAUUGAGCUCAUAUCACCAGGCUCCUGCCUUUACCUUCCGAGCCACUUCCCUCGUGUCCACACAUUAUUUUACAAGGCAGAGUCCUGGUAGAGGCAGGCCUUACAGUAUGUGAAUGCAGUAUUGCAUUAGGAGAAAGCCCUACGUGUUAGGUCUGCAGAGUUCCCCAUGGUUUCCGGAAACAGGGCUUUUCUAACUCUAAAGGAGACAGAAGUGAGCAAGUGUAUCAGACAUUCACAGAAGGCUCUAGAGCCUGGUGUGGUGGUAGAAGGUGGCACAGUCAGUUCCAAUUAGAGCUCUCAGUUUUCUUUAUACGUGCUGGCUGCUUUGUCUCGACCAUUUACCAGCUUCUGGCAGCACCUAGAACAUACAUUCAUUAGUCACUUAGGCCAGGGGGGAAGACGGGGGCCCAAGAAUGCCAAUGAGCCUGGACUCCUGCCCACCCACCCCACUCAUCUUGGCUGCUGAAAGAACAUAAUGUUAGGAUCCAGCUAUUGCUUAGGAAGUACUGUCUCCAGCAACCUUCCCCUCUCACAGAUACUGACAUCCACCUUACUAAGACAUUGUCCAAGUCACUCGCUAACAAACUUGCCAGAAUUUCUCACCCGGAGAAGUGAGCUUACAUCAAAGUGGGUACUAGUGGCCACACAUCCUGCUCCCCGCCCCCGUUCACUGGCCCAUAGACUCCCCUGCCUCUCCUGCCUGGGAAUCGGAGAGUCUGUAGCCUGGCUCCUGCUUUGAAACCAGUUCCAUCCCCAGAAAGCUGUGAGAUCACCUCUCCCAGGCAGGUCCACACUCAUCACUUUAGAGCUCAGGCCCUGCUCUUGCCUCUCCGUCUGCUCCAGAGAACCUCAUGGGAACCUUUUGGCCACCUUACAGAAAAAGACCUGAGACAGUGAUGGGCUGGCGAACAGAGCAGACGGAUAACCACCCUGGUUAGGACUGUCUCUGUGUACAGCUUGCCUUCCAUCUUAAACCUUUCUCUUUUUUAGUUAUUACAAUUUUUUUUUAAAUAGAAGUACAAGCCAGAUGCCAGAUCUGGAAUCAUCAAGCCCAUUGAUUUGUUCUCCCUGACAGAGCCAGAUUGAUUUAUAGAACUGUUGUUCUUUGGCUCUCGUUACUGUGUCUCUAAUUGGCAUAUUGGGACUGUUGGCCAAGCUUCGUCUGUCAUGAUUACCAGAGUCAGGAUGUUGAGCUUGAAAUUUUUUAGUCACGCCAUGAACUAGGAAAUAUUUGGACUAAGUGAACUGUCUAAUUUCUUUUGUUAUAAUUUACUUAUUUUGUUUUGUGUGCAUUGGUGCUUUGCCAGCAUGUUUGUCCGUGUGAGGAUGUCGACUCCCCUGGAACAGGAGUUAUAGCGAGUUGUGAGCUGCCGCAUGGGUGCUGGGAAUCAAACCUAGGUCCUGUGGAAGAGCAUCCUGUGUUCUUAACUGCUGAGCCAUCACUCUAGCCUCUGUCUUAAUUUAUGUGAACACUUAUUAUGAGCCAAUUUGUUUUCAUACAUGUAAUAUAGAAAUGUAAGCAUGUGUAGACAGGAAAUAUGCUCAUAGCCAUUCACAGAUUUAAAUAUAAAAUGUUAUAGCAUUCAUUUAGAUUUGUCAUUUGUCAGUCAUAAGCUAAACUGUUCAUUUUUUGUUUUAUUUUUAUCUAUCUGUUUGUGUGUGUGAGAGAGAGAGAAUGUCUACUAAGCAUGUCUAGAUACUCAAGAUGGCCAGAAGGGGGCGUCAUAUUCUCUGGAGCUGAAGUUACCGGUGGUUGUGAGCUGCCAAACUUGGGUAUUGGGAACCAGACUAGAGUCCUCUGGAAGAAAAUGAAGGACUCUUAACAGCUCAGCUAAUUCUUAAGCCCUUGCAUAUCUUUUCCUAUCAUUAAAUGGUGCUUCCAAAAUCUGUGCUUUUAUAGAUAUGACUUUAAAUGUCAGCAACGUAGAAAAUUUGAAUACUUACAUUCUUUGAAAGUGCAUCACAUGUAUUCAGUGUAUUUGGAGAUUUCCCCUCCCAGUCUCCUUCCGGACCUACCGCACUAUACAUGUCUCCCAGCUUCAUGUCCUCUCCAAUCCACUGCAUUUAAUUAGUGUUUCCAGUGUGUUUGGGGGUGUGAGGCCAUCCGCUGAUGCACCAACAACCUAGCAGGAACAACAUCUCUUAAGAAAACUGAUUCUCUCUCCUCCAUCAGCCGUUAACUGCCAGUAGUGCCUCUGUUAGCCCCUCCCCAUUUAUUCUGAAAUUCGACUAGUUUAAUCUCGUGCUGUUCUUGUGCAAACAAGCAACCACAGCUGCUCUGAGUUCAUGGGAGCAGCAGCCUUGUCGUGUCUGGAAAGAAUGAUUCCCAGUAGUCCUCUCUGACCUUUGACUCCUACGUGUUUCCUUCCCCCUCUCCCAUAGUGAGGUUUGUGGGGAGCAAGAUGUGAUGUAGAUGUCUCAUUUGUGGAAAGCUAAACUUUCCACAGUCACUUAUCUCUGCAUUUUGAGUAAUUGUGGGUCUCUGUACUAAUUUCAGUGAGAGGCAGGCUUCUUUGAUGAGCAUUGAAAGCUGCAUUCAUUAUUGCUAUAAUCGUACAUUUUUGGAAAGCAGUUUGACAUUUUGUCCAUUUAGCAGAGUAUUAGCUUUACAUUCUCCCCUAAGGCCUGUGUCCUAGCCAGCUGUGAGUUUUUGGGUCCAGUGUAUAGAACCAGCUGUGCGUUCCAUCUCUGUGAAUCCAGUCAGAAAGUGGUUGGUUGGUACCAUGACAUUGGUGCCACCCUUGCACCAGUGGGCACGUGCCAAGCAAGUCAUUAUAUCAGAGAGUUCACAGCUGGCUAAGACCUUUCCCCAGCAACCUACACAGCACCAUCGGCAUAUGAGUACCAAGUUGAUUUCUCCAUUUCUUGUGGCUCAAGUAUGAGGUAUCUUCAGCAAUAGGGUCUUACCCUCAAGUUCUGGUGGGGAGCCAGGUGAUAACCUGUAUUGUAAAGCUUAAAUCUUGAAAACACAGGCUCUCCCCCUGCUCUCCAAGGAGGCAGUAACACAUUGGUUCUCAAAUGAUAUUUUUAUUUUUAUACUUCUACACUGGCAGUGGCAAGAAACUUGGAAAAAAAAAAAAAACCCUUCUGAUUUUAUUUGUCCCAUGGAGGAGAGAGAGCACGCAUGCAAGUGGCCAUAUGCUAAUGGUGCAAUUAUAUGGUAGAGUUUUCCUGAAAGGGCUGGAGAGAUGUCUCAGUGGUUAAGAGCAUUGGCUGCUCUUCCAGAGGUCCUGAGUUCAAUUCCUAGCACCACAUGGAGGCACACAGCCAUCUAUAAUGGGAUCUGGUGCCCUCUUCUGGAAUAAAGGUGUACAUGCAGAGAGAGCACUCAUACAUAAAAUUGAAUUUAUCUGAAAAGUGGAAGCUGUGCUACUUUUACUUUUUAGUAAAAUAUAAUUCUUUUUCAAACUUAUAUAGAGUAAGCUUAGCUAUCUGCUGGAGGCUACUGGUUUCUUGUGGUUAUAUCUUCUGAAAAGGCAAUUAAACGUCAACCUAUUAGAUAGAUUUUGGAGCAAACCAAUAUAAAGGCAAAUUGGAGACAUUUUAAAACUUAGAUAAUAGCACAGAUUAUUAGAGAGAUGUUCAGGGGAUGAGACUGGACAUGGGCUUCUCAAAGGUGAGUCUCAGGUAAGUGCCCUGAAAAAAAAAAUAUAUAUAUAUAUAUGAAAUCUUGGUAGCUUUCAAGUUAUAUUUCCAAGUAUUAUGAAGAUUUACAGCAUUCACCAACUUUUUUAAAAAAAUUAAAUUUAAUGUUGUAUUUAUGAGUGCAUCUCUGGCAUAUAUGUAUGUAUGUAUACCACAUGUGGGCGCUGUCCACGGAAUCCAGAGAAGAGCUUUGGAUCCCCUAGAACUGGAGUUGGACAGUUGUUAGCCAUGGUGGGAGCAGAGGGAAUCGCACCCUUCCGCUGGGAGAGCAGCCAGUCUUUUUGACCUCCUAGCCACCUCUCCAUGCCCCCCUCCACCAUUUCUUAAGCAUUCCUCAAAGAGUAUAGUUUAGAACAAGGUUAAGAGUAUAAAGACUUUUAUUUUGUAAACAAAGUUGUAAAGGGGUUUGUUUAAAUUGGCAAUGAGAAGGCGUUACGGGUUUUGACCCUACUUAGCCCAAUGUAUUCUCUUUGAUAAGAUGUCUUAAAGAAAACAUGUGAUGUUCCUGUAAGCAAUUUUGGCUUUGUCAUUGCUGCCUGGUUUUUCCUGACCCCGUAAGUAGAAAUGGCAGACCAGACCUUGAAUGGCCUAGUUUUUUCCUCAUGCUUUCUUUCCCAGGCCCCAAUAAUUUCUCGACUUUCUCAUUAUACACAUACAAACAUACACAACACACACAUAUAUGUAGGUAUAAAUAUAAGUAACCAUAUUACAAUAUAUAUAUAUAUAUACACACAUAUAUAUAACAACCCAAUACAACAUUCACAAUUUAAAAUUCUUCCUCACUAAAAGCAUUUUACAUUUCUGUUCCACGUCCUACUAAAAACACAGCCCGGGGCCUAUGAGUUGACUUGGUGAGUAAAGGUAUUUGCCACCAGCUUGAACACCUUAAUUACAUCCCUGAGACCAAUGGUGGAAGGAGAGAAGCAACUCCCGGAAGUUAUUCUUUGAGCUCCACAGGUGUACAUGGUACUGGAGGUCCCUCUCCUCGCCCUCCUCCCUCUCUCCGCCUCUCUGUCCCCUGCCAGACAUUACAUAAUACAUACAUACAUGUCAUUCAAAACACCAAGAAAAUAUAUUCAUCCCCCACUUAUAUCUGUUCUAAAAUAUGUUUAACAUUUGUGUCCAUUUCUCUUCUCCCUACUGGGUUCAUUUUCUUGUUUUUCUUCAGUCUCAUCAGACAUAGGGACAAAACGAAGUGACCUAUGAAACAGGAGUUAGCACUCAAUUCCCCUGUAUGACAUAAUGGGACAAAUGCAUGGUUCAACUAGAAGGCUUUGUUCGUUGCUGAGCUCAGACAGACUUUUGUCACUUGUUUUGUUGUUGUUGUUUCAUGUUUUUCAGUUGCUUUGUGUUUUUACGAAGUGUUGUGUGUGUUACGUGCUGUGAAGUGGGGAAGUCAGAGAACAGCUUCAGUUCUCUAGUUCUAGCGUGCGGGUUCGUGCUGGGGUCAAACUCAGGUCGUCAGACUGGUUGAAGGCACCUUUACCCACUGACCCACCCAUUUUGCCAACCUACUAUUUGUUAUUUGUUUUUUUUUGUUGUUGUUGUUGUUUUGGGUUUUUUUGGGGGGGGUGUCCCAGCAAUUUUCCUUCAGGCUUAUUUGUGGCAUAUAUAACCCAGAGUACCCAUGAACCCUAAAUCUCCUGCUUUAGUUUCCCAAGUGAGCUGGGCUUAUUAUUUUUUAAAGAUGUAUUUAUUUAUUAUGUAUAUAGUGUUCUGCCUGCAUGUAUGCCUGCACACCUGAAGAGGGCGCCAGAUCUCAUUACAGAUGGUUGUGAGCCACCAUGUGGUUGCUGGGAAACUGAACUCAAGACCUUUGGAAGAGCAACCAGUGCCCUUAACCUCUAAGCCAUCUCUCCAGCCCGCUGGAAUUAUUGUUGCCCAUUAUUUUAGUCAGGCUGACUAUGACUGGAUAUUUGAUUAUUGUCCAUGGAGUGAAGGGAAAUAGAGUGCAUGUUCCCAAGUUGGUGCUGGUUUGUCUUUGCCUUAUGUGUACAGAUGCUGUGAUUCUUUUAUCUGGUCUGCCUUCUCUAAAUAAUCAGUUCUUGUGUUUCAAGAUUGCUGGGUAAAGACUGUAUUUCCUUCAUGCAGUUCAUUUGUGGCCAUAGCUUAGUGCCAUGGUCAUUGUUGUUUCAGUCUUUUGUUCAUUUUAGGCAAACUUUUAUUUCCUUACUUAAAUAAUAAAUAACUGUUGGACAUUGAUUUCAACUGCUUUGAUAAAAUAUAUGUAUAAUAUUCAUUAGUUAUUUUUCCUACAGCUGUGAUUAAAUAAGAACGUGACAGGCAAGCUAAGGGGGAGGGCUCAUUCGGUUCACAGAUUACAGUACAGUCUGCUGUGGUGGGAAAUCAGGGCAACAAGCAGGUGAAGUAGACGCGCAUGUCGUCCAGUCAGGAAACAGAAAGUGAUGGGUAAAUGCGGAUUCUCGGGUCACUGUCUUCACUUUAUGUGGUCCAGAAUCCUCUACCCAGGGAGUGACCCUACCCACCAUCAAGGUGGGUGUGCCUACACCGAUUAAUGGAAUCAACAUAAUCUCUCAGAAACAUCCUCAAAGGCUAACCUCAGUCUAGAUACCCCUCACGGGAGCCUGGGUCUCUUGGGCGAUUCUACAGUCUGUCAAGUUGAUAGUGAGUAUUAACCUAGCCCUUGUCAACUUGACACUCAGACUUAUCGCCACUUUUAAGCCAUAACCUUCCAUUCUUUAUCUCCACAGACUGCUGACCAUGUUAUAAUGUGAUAUGCGUUUAUCCCAACACCCAAACUGCCCAUAGUCAUUAAGCAUAUUUAUAAUUUGAGAUUCCAAAGUAUCUUAACUGUGAGCUUUUAUAAAAUAGAAAACAAGUUACAUACAUCCAAUAUAUACAUUUAUUUACUUAUUUGUUUUUCUUUUGUGUGCAGCAAUGUUUUACCUGCAUGUAUGUCUGUGUGAAGGUAUCAUAUCCCUCUGGAACUUGAAGUUAUAGUUGUGAGCUGCCAUAUGGGUGCUGAGAAUUGAAUUGGGUCCCCCUGAAAGAUCAGUCAGUGCUCUUAACUGCUGAGCAGUCUCUGUAGCUCUACAUAAUUCUAAAUUAUAAUGAUACAGAGCAAGCAAUCCUAUUGUAAAAUGGAAGAAUUGGGUCAAGUUAUGAUCGGACCAAAGCAAGAUGCAAGUCCAGCAAGGCAAACACCAAAUCCUACAUCCCUGUGCCUGACAGCUAAACCUGGUGAAAUCGUUUACAUUCCAAAGGUUAGGUAGCCCCCACCACCCCAGAGCUGCCACCUGCAACAUGUGUAGUCUGUGUCUCACACUGGCUUCUCUCUGUGCCUAUAGCUGUCCUUGGCAAGCAGCUGGUGUCGAGGUCCUGGCAUUUCCAGUACCCUGUGGUCUCCAAUGUCACUUAGACUUCACCUUCAGAGCUCCACACAGUGACUUCUAGGGCCCACUUUGCAGGACAUUGAUUUUCCUAUGUGGUCCCAGACCUCAGCUGUUCCAUAUGACCUCCCUAUCUUAUGUCCUUCAUUCCUUCAAAACUCAUACCAUGUGGAUGCCAGUGCCCAGUUUUACUGCCACCUCAGGCUGGAGCCUCUGCUUUUGCCCUUAUGCCAUCUUUCCUAUUGUUCCACUGUGCCCCAGUAGGUUUUCCUCUAGUGACACUGAUAUUUUUAUCAACUACAGGUGCUCUCAGCAUUGUUGAUUUUUAAACAUCCACAAACGUUGCCCAUUAAACCCUGCUUUUGGUAUCCAAGGACUUUUCUAACCCAAAUACCAAGUUUUUCCCUGUUCCUCUCACAAACAUUCCCUAAGAUGGUCACGUUUAUCAUGUGAAUAGCUCCAAUAUAGGGUACCAGUUUUCUCGUCUCUCCUGGUUGCCGUGAUAAAAUACCCUGGUAAUAGUAACUGGAGGAAUUGACUGAGUUACAUGGCAGGGAGGUCAGGAUGUCAGGAGCUCGAAUCAACUGCCCAGGUGACCCACAAACAGGAAGAAGAAUUGGAUGGAUGGAUGGAUGGAUGGAUGGUGGAUGGAUGGAUGGAUGGAUGGAUGGACGGACGGAUGGGUGGGUAGAUAUUGGAGCUUAGCUCCUUCAUUUUAUACGGUUUAGGUUCCCCCUGCCUAGGGAAUGCUACUACCAACACUUAAGAUGUUUGUUCCCACAUCAGGCAAUGUAAUCUAGAUAAUCAUAGGUGUGCCGGGGACUUGUGUCCUAUAUGAUUAUAAGUUUUAUAAAGUGACAAUUAACAUUAACCAUCACACUUCUUGAAAGUUUGUUCUAGAAAGAACAAAAUUUUGUACAUGUCUCUGACGGGUGACAUGGUGGCUAGUUAGAGCUGCUUCUAGAACAUGUGACAUCCUUCUUGUUUCAUUGUCUACUGACAUUCUCCAAUAAAAAUGGUACAGUUAAUGUAUCAGUACAUCCAACUGCCCAUAAUCAGUCCUGUCUUAAGUUUUUUGUCUAAUUGCUGUGACAAAAUUCCUAGAAAUGUUUUGUUUUUCAAGAUUUAUUUUGUUACUUAUUUGUGUGUGUGUGUGUGUCCCCAAGAGAAGCCAGAAGAGGGCAUUAGGUCCUGGAGUUACGGGUGGUUUGUGAGUCGUGUGAUGUGGUUAGGUAAAAUACUAUAGUCAAAAGCAAUUUGAGCAAGGGGGUAUUAUUUCACAGUUCCACCACAGUCCCGUCACUGCGGGAAGUUUGGGCAGGAACUUAAAUAAACAGGAACCUAGAAAGAGGAAUUGAUGCAGAGGCCAUGGAGGAAUGCCACUAACUAUCUGGGUCCCCGUGGCUUAUUCUGCUGGCUGUUUUUAUAGCAUCCAGGAUUAACUGCCCAGGGGUGGUACCAUCCACAGUGAGCUGGACCCUUCUACAUCAACUAUCAGUCAAUUAAAUAUAGGGCAGGUUGGUCCACAAACCAAUCUGAUGGCAGUAUUAUUAUUAUUGUUAUUAUUAUUAUUAUUAUUAUUAUUAUUGAGACAGGGUCUCACUAUAUAGCCCUACUGUCCUGGAACUCACUAUGUAGACCAGGCUGGCUUCAAACUCACAGAGAUAUGCUUGCCCCUGCCUCUCAAGUGCUGGGAUGAGACAUGUAUACCAUUAUGCCCAACCCUAGGGGCAAAUUUUCAAUUGAGGUUACUUCUUCCAAGAUGACUCUAACUGGUAUCAAGUUGACCUAAACUAGCCAGCAUUUUGGUCCUCACAAGAACAGCAAGUGCUCCUGGUCCCCGAGCCAUCUCUCCAGCUUCCUUAAGAAGAAAUCUUGGGGGAGGAUAGACUACUUUGGCUUAUAGUUCCUGGAUCCAGAGCAUCAUGGCUAAGAAGGCAUUGCACGAAGAGCUUGAGGAGGCAAUGACCUUUGAGGAUGUGGCUGUGAACUUCUCCCUGGAGGAGUGGGCUAUGCUGAAUCCAUCCCAGAAGAACCUCUACAAAGAUGUGAUGCAGGAAACCUUGAGGAACUUGGCCUCUAUAGGAAGCAGUUUGGGGCACCAUGUCAUUGAAAAUAUAUACCGAAAUUCCUGGAGAAAACUAAGUGGCCAAGUGGUGGAGGGACUCUAUGACUAUAAAGACGAUCAUCAUCAGUGUGCAGAAAUCUUUGACUUCACUACCCAGAGCAUUCUACACCAGAACCCCUUUCCAGGAGUGCAUAUAUGUGAAAGCAGCGGGUGUGCAAGAGUGGUCAUUGGCCAUUUGUCUCUAAGUGUGCUCCUUAAGCCUGACCCAGAGCGUGAAUCCUAUGAAGAGCAGGACUACGGAAAGGAUUUGUACAACACGGUGGAGUUUGGAGCCACCUCCAGUUCCCUCCCACCCUUUGAGAACCAUGAAAGUACUUACACCCUAGAGAGACUGUAUAAAAGUGAGAACUGUGAUGAAGACUAUAGAUACGGUCAAAAUGUUCAAAAGACUUUAGCUGAAGAAAAGCCCUUCCAAUGUAAGCAAUGUGGGAAAGGUUUCAGUUCUUCAAGGUACUUUCGGAGGCAUGAGCGACGCCAUCGUGCCAAGAAAUCCUAUAUAUGUAAGCAGUGUGGGAAAGCUUUUGCUUUUCCCACCUACCUACAAACACAUGAAAGAAUCCACACUGGGGAGAAGCCCUACGUGUGCCUGCAGUGUGGGAAAACCUUUGCCCACUCUCGUUCCCUUAAAACACAUAAAAGAACUCACUCUGUUAGGGACCUCUUUGUGUGCAAUUACUGUGGGAAAACCUUACGUCAUUAUAGUUCUCUUCAGAUUCAUACAAGAAUUCACACUGGAGAGAAACCUUAUGUGUGUAAACCAUGUGGCAAAGCCUUCAUUACUUAUCGUUCUUUUCGAAUACACGAACGAAUCCACACUGGAGAAACGCCUUAUGAAUGUAAGCAGUGCGGAAACACCUUCAUGCGUUGGAUUCAGUUACGAAAACAUGAAAUAAUUCACAGUGGUGUGAAACCCUAUGCUUGCAAGCUAUGUGGAAAAAGCUUUACGUGUUCUGGUUCCCUGAGAACACAUGAAAGAAUUCACACUGGGGAGAGGCCUUAUGUAUGUGACCAGUGUGGCUAUAGCUUUACUCGGCUGAAUUCACUUUUAAGACAUAAAAUAACCCACACUGGUGAGAAACCCUAUGUGUGUAAUCAUUGUGGGAAAACUUUUCCUCGUUCUGCUUCUCUUCAGAGACAUGUGAAAAUUCACACGGAGGAGAAACCCUUUGUAUGCAAGCAGUGUGGGGUUGCCUUCGCUACUUCCACUGACCUUCUAGAACAUGAGCAAACUCACGUGGAUGAAAAGCCUUACGUGUGUGAGCAAUGUGGGAAUGCCUUCGUCCUCUGGAGUCAGUUUCAAAAACAUAAAGCACUUCACAGCGUCCCGGUUUCUUAUAUUUGUAAGCAGUGUGGGAAGAGCUUCACUUCCUCCAGGUCACUGAAAACACAUGAAAGGAUUCACACUGGCGAGAAGCCCUAUGAGUGUAAGCAGUGUGGGAAAACCUUUCUUUGGUCUUAUUCCCUUCAGAGACAUGAGAAGACUCAUGGUGAUGGGAAACCCCACGUGUGCAAACAGUGUGGGCAAGCUUUCACAUAUUACAGUCAUCUUCAGGUGCAUGAAAAAAUACACAUUGAUGAUGACCCUUAUAACUGUAAGUACUGUGGGAAGCCCUUCUUCACUUUGAACCAUUUACAUAGGCAUGAAUUACUCCACACUACCAUGGAUUCUAAUAUUUUUUAAUAAUGAAUGAGCAAAAAAAAAAUUGGCUUGGUAGCUUUCCAAGAAAUAAACAAAAUCACACUGGGAGUAAAAGCUGGAUUUGUGCUAGCAGUGUGGAAAAACCUUUUGCUUUGUUUCAUUGAAACAAACAUGAAGUGCCACAAUGGAGAGAAACUUUUUUUUAAAAACUCAGUAUGCAAAUGCUUAAAGUUCCCUGAAGUCCAUGAAAGGAAAACAGGCCUGUGACUGCAUGUGAUGUGGUGAAGCCUUCUGCAGUCCCAGAUCAUGGAGGAGACAUGAGAGAGCUCUAGAGAAACUUUCCACUUGUAUAUGUGGUGUUGUAAAAAAAAAAGCCCUUCACUUCCCCGUUCCCCUUGACUACGUGGAAGGAGUCACGACGGAGAUAGACCCUUCACCUAUGUAGGCAAUCUUUGAUAAUCUUCAAUUGUCAUCACAUUCUCUCACAGACAUGAAAGAACCUACGGUAGAGGAACCUUCAAAAUAGGAUUUGUGAACUCUUCAUCAUCGUCCCUAAAUAGCACUCACAAGAAUGUACAUGGGGAGAAUUCCUAUCAAAGGAAAACCAGUAUGAACACCACUUGGUUCAACUAAGAGAUAAGGAAAGGACCUGAUAUGAAGUGUUGAUUUGCUUGAAAGAGAUGUUCAAGGUUUCAUUUGGCACACAUGGAAACAAAACACACCAGAUGAAAACCUUUGCUGUUGAAAACAUUGAAAGUCUAGAACAGUAGUGAAUAUAGGAAAAGUCCUUUGAAAUCUUUUCAUAUUUAAUCUGAUAAAUGUCAGUAUUAUGAAGGACUGGACAUAAUAGGGUUUUUUUUAUUUUUUUUUCUUGUAGCAUGCUCCAGGAAAUGCAUACAUUGAAAAGAAUGUUGUUAGUACAGUAUUUUGUAUUUAUUGGAAAAUUUCAGGGGCUGAUAGGGAUGGCUUAGCCUUUAAGAGCAUUUGCUGCUUUUCCAAAGGACCUACAUUUGGCUUUCAGCACCCAGUCACAGGACUCACAGCUGCAUGUGACUCCAGUUCCUGGAGAUCCAAUUCUUCCCCCAUACAUGUGACAUAGGUUCACAUGGACACAUAAAAAUAAAAUUUAAAUUUUUUUCAAGCCCCUCUUCCCACCCAAGAAAAAGCUUUUGCUGUGUAUGCCAGGUUUACCUGGAACUGGUAAUCUUCCAACUCCUAACUCUUGAACGCUUAAUGAAAGGUGUCCACUUCCACAUUCGCAAUCAUUAACUCCUGCUUAACAGUUCAUCUCUUGACUCGUUUCUAAAUCUUACUCUCCAAAGCAAGCCUUAGGCAGAGCAUUGUGUAAUGUGGAAUGGCAACUAAAACCCAUGAACUGGAGACCAGAAAAUCGAAAGUGCAUUUUAAUUAUUUUGUGAGGUUUCUUAAAGCAAUCAUGUAUUAGUUUAAUGAGUGAUGUCUUUUUGUAUCAAAUAAGGUAGGUGCUUCCUUCAUUGUACAUUAUGUGGAUUUAUUGAUGAAUUGAUAUAUGAAAUAUGCCAGUCCAUAAAUAUCUUUAAAAAGCAUUUUAGUAUCUAUAUAUGUGUGUAAGCAAGAAAAAGAGAGUAGGUAUGUGCUUGCAGAGGCCAGAAGAUAAUGUUAUAUCCUUUGGAGCCAUCUGACAGAUAUUAACAGAUAUCUGACAUGAUUGAUGUGUGUGAUAGGAACUAAAUCCUGAUCUUCAUGAUAGAACAGUAAGUACUCUUAACUGCUGAGCCUUCCCUCAAGCUCCUGCGUAAAUUAUGUUUAAUGGAUGGUUAAAAUAUCACUUUGUGAAUACUGGAAUAGUCCUAUUGGUUUCAUUUGCCUGAUUUUGUCUAUACUCUCAUUUUUCAUGACAAAAGAAAAAAACACUUGAGAGCAUUGCUUAUGUGUUGAUGGUAUGGUUUAUGUGCUGGUGGUGUUCACAAAGGAAUAUUUUGGGUGUCUUAUUCUAUUGCUAUGUUAUUCCCCCAAGGCAGGUCUCAUUGAUCCUAGAACUAGACAGACAGCCAAGAAAACCCAGCAUUUCUUGUCUCCUCACUCCCCAUAGUGUUGGGUGUACAGACACAUUCAGUCAUCCCCAGUUUUUUGUUGAUAGGGAAUGAAACUUGAGUCCUCACAGCAAGUGGUCUUACCCAGUCAGCCACCUCCUCAGGCAUAAACUACUUUCAAAUUGAUUUCAUCUCUUGUGUUUAUGUUUCUCUCUGAUGUGUUCUCAUGGUCUUUUAAGUACAUUUUCUUUCAACUUUGAAGUAUUUUCAAAAUCCUUUUAGAAUAGCAAAUGUAAGGGUGGGUUUAGUUUUGUUUUUCCUAGUCAGAAGGUAGGUGUAAGUAUAUUAUAAUCAUAGGUCAGGUCACUUUUCCAAGUUGGCUUAUUUUUUACUUUUGAGAAUUUCAUACAUGUAUACAAUAAAAGAUGAUCAUACGUAUCCUCUAUUUCUCCUUCCAACUCUCCCUGUACUCUCCCUAAUACCCUUCUCAUAGCUUUAUGUCUUUUUAAUUAACCCACUAGGUCUCAUUAGUAUUGCUCAUACAUGCAUGAGUAUGGGGCCAUCCACUGGAGGAUGGGUGAUCUACCAGUAGUUACGUCCUCACAAAUGAUUCUUCUCACCCCAGCAGCUAUUCACUGCCGGUAACUUCUCAGUAAGGGACGGGGCCUGAAGAUAACCUACCCCAUCUAUCCUGGGAUUUUGGACUGCUUAAUUUUAUAGGUUGUGUGCAUGCAGUCACGUGGUGCUAUGAGUUCAUGAUCCUAGUAACCAUAUCACAAGCCCCAGCACUUCACAGAGUCCUCCCCACCCUUUAGUUCUUGCAUUGUUGCUUCUUCUUUGGCAUUCCCUGAGCCUGGGUGGGGGUUAAUACAGCUGUCUCAUUUAGAGGUAAAUAUUCAGUCUGCUCCUAGUUAGGCAUCUCUCCAUUGACAGCUCUCCAUGGUAAAAAGAAGCUGUUCUGACCAAAAUUGAGAAUAACCAAGGUGUGUUGGUGCCAAGAGCUGAGUGAAUGGUGGAAACUUGGGGGGUUUUUUGGAGUUGAUGAUGAUAUGUAGCCUUGGAUAGCCUGGAACUUUCUCUGUAAGCCAAGCUGUUGUCAACUUGCACUUAGAUUUGUUUUAUGUCAUGAACUAUUUGUGUGUGUGUGUGUGUGUGUGUAACUAUGAAAUUUCACUGUGUGAGUUUUGCUUUCCUGUGUAUUUUACUUUUGUUGUAAUUUCUCUAGUCAUUCACUAAAGGAUAUACUGGUAUUACUGCCUUCUUGCCCCAAACUGUGUUCAAUAAAUUCUACUAACUCUCUCCAUACACGACACAUGAGUGGCUCAUCUGUAAAAAGCUAGAACUUCUGACGGGACUGAUGUUUUAAUUAGGGGGUCUUACAAGGAUUGAUUCUGCACUUAGGUAUCCCUCAUCUUGGGUGCGGUGAGGGGCAAAUGUAAUUCUGCUUUUGUAAUCACAACAGCAGCAGUUACCCGGAAGACCGCAGUACUGGAGUUCUGGGUGAUGUAAUUUGCGAGAUUGCUUGUCAGUCCAUCAGUGAGUAGAAGGCACUACCACGAUUCAGAAUGUGUGACUGUUUCAGCUUACAGAUGUCCUUCUAGAAUGCCCUUCUGUCAGUCAUUAAGGAGCAUUUCUCAUUGGUGGAGACCUGUGACAUGGCCUUUAGUGGCAGAAGAUGUGGCCUUGCUGAGUGAGGUGAACUAGUGUUUGGAUCGUUUUUGCAUUUCUUAGUUUCUAUAGAAACACUAAUGUUCAAUAUGACGGAUGCAGCCAUCCACAUAUGUAGGUGUUCCUAGAGUUUCCUCCUAGAGGGUUACAUUAUGAGAAGCCCAUGGUAAAGUGAGAAAUAGAAGAAAAGCACUUUACUUUCACCCUGGUGAUCGUCAAACCUCAGACUAGUCUACACCAACAUUUUUGGGCCAACUUACAUUUUCCUAAAGUUGGGGAAAUUUUCGUUUAUUUAUACUUAAUUUUUAAAAAAUGUUUUAAAAUUAGUGCAUAUGUUGGCAUAAUUAUAGGUUUUGUCCUGACAUCGUGGCCCAGCGUUCCAUGUACUUUAACCAUAAUCACUGUCUUGUUCCCUUCCUUCUCCCUAGUGGGCCUGUUCUCUCUAUCAGACUCACUUAUGGUUUCAUCUCUCUCAUUUGUUAACUCUAGAUUCUGUUCUGUAUACAGAGAGCACCAUUUGGGGGCUGAGCGUCAUUUACAUGGUGAUUUCUAGUUCCGUCCAUUUUCCUGCCAAGUUUCCUGUUGAGUUCUCAGUGACCUAUUAUAGUCCACAUUUUAUGUAUGCCACAUUUGAAAUUUUUUAGUUUAUCUAUUGAUGGGCACUUAGGCUGGUUCUGUAAUUGAGUACUAGGGGGAGGAGUAUAUGAACCUGUAUACAAGUAUGCAUAGUAUAAUCUGCCUUUGAUUCCUUUUGCUGUGUACUAAACAGUAGUAAGCAGGGUCAUAAGAUUUUGAGUUUUUGAUGAAACACUUCCUGUUUUUCAGAGUGAAUAUGCUAACGUACAUUUCUAGGAACAGCCAUGCAGUCUCACCAGCUUGUUUUAGUUUGGUUCUUUGAUAACUAAUCACACUAGGUGAACUUAAUUGUAUUGAGAAUACUCAUGAUUUAUUGUUUGAGAACUGAUUUCAUGAUUUAUUGUUUGAGAAUAUUUUGUGAUUUAUUGUUUGAGAACUGAUUUCAUGAUUUAUUGUUUGAGAAUAUUUCGUGAUUUAUUGUUUGAGAACUGAUUUCAUGAUUUAUUGUUUGAGAACUGAUUGAUUCCCUGUGUAUUGAUGCAGUUGUUUGUUGGUUUGCAAUGUGUGUGUGUGUGUGUGUGUGUGUGUGUGUGUGUGUAUUUUCUGUACAUUAAUCUCUUAAAAGAUGAAUGAGUAUCCAAGGAUAGUUUCCCCCAUUCUGUAGCUUUCUCUGACAGUUGAUUCUCUUUUCUGUGUAAAAGCUCUUUUAUCUUCAUGCAAUGAUUAAAUUGAGUUUUUUUGUUUUUGCUUGUCUUUAACAUUCUUGCUAUGGAGGCCCGACUGGCCUGGGAUUUGCUGCAUAUACCAGGCUAUCAUCUAAUUUACAGCAGUUGUCCUGCCUCUGGUUCUUGGGUGUCAGCAUUGUAAUCCUGAGCUCUCAUGGCUAUUCCCUAUUUGCCAUUCUUCCUGUAAAUUCUUAGGUUCAGAAUACCAUUGUCUGUGCUCUCAGCUUCAUGUAUUCUUUAGAUUUUCUUCUAUGAGUUACACAUUCUUUAGGCCUUAUGUUAAGGUCUUUGGUUCUGUUUGAGAUGGCUUUUGUACAGAAUUCUAGAGGCACUUAGGGAUAUUCUUGUACAUACAGAAUUGUUUUCCUUGUUGAAGAGGCCAUUUAUUACACUAUAUAUGGUCUGGAUGCCUUUGCUGAAAUCAGAAGAUUGCAGCUACGCGGUUGUUUGGGCACUGUACUCUUCCAUUGUUCUGUGUGUCUGCUUUUAUGUUAUACUGUUUCACUAUGGUUUUAUAGCAUAAUUUGAGUACUGCGAUAACGCUAGCUAGCAUUGCUUUUUGCUCAGUGUUACUUUGACUAUUUGGGGUCUUUUGGUUUUCUUACAAUUACAGGAUUGUGUUUUCUAUUUCUGUAAAUAAUGACAUUGGAGUUUUGAUGGGGGGUUGUGUGGAGUCUGCAGAACACAUUACACUUUCUCAUAUUAUAAUGGUGCUGAUUUGUGAGUAUAAGGAUAUUUUCCAUUUUUUCAGAGAAGUCAAUUCUUAAGUGUUUUUAACUUGUCAUUGUGUACUCCUUUCGCUGGCUUGACUAAGUUUAUUUAUUCAUAGAUAAAUUUGACUUUUUGUCUUGUAACUUACUUCCUAGGCCUUUGGAACAUUUUUUCCUUGAUUGUUUUAUUACUAUUUUCAUUGUCGUAUAAACGGCUACUGAUUUCUCUAUACUGACCUUAUUGUGCUACUUUGCUGAAGUAGUGAAUCUUUUGGUGUGGCUGCUUGGGUCUUUUAAGAAUCUGAUCACAGGGGCUGGAGAGAUGGCUCAGCAGUUGGGAGCACCGGCCCCUCUUCUAGAGGCCUGAGGCUUGUUUCCCCAGCACCUACCCGGCAGCUCACAUCUGUGACUCCAGUUCCAUGGGAUCCAGCUCCCUUUUCUGGUCUCUGGGCACCAGACAUGCACAUGGUACACAGAUAUACAUACAGGCAAAAUAGUUUUUUAAAAGAUGAUCAUAUUGACUACAAAUAGAGAUUUGAUCUCUUAUUUCACUUCCUUUUUCUUUCCUUAUGUUCACGACUGAGCUGAGGAGAUCGUGUGUGGUCGGCAGGUGCUGGGCCACUGAACUGCAGCCCUGUACUCGAUCCCUUUCCUUUCUUUUCCCCUAUUUUUCCGACUGAGAACUCAAGAGAUGAUAUUACAGUAUAGAGAAGGUGGAUACCUUUGUGCUAUUCCUGGUAGAAUAAUUUUAGUUUUCCUGCUUGGUAUAAUCUUGGCUCUAGUUUUGUCAUGUAUAACUUGUUACAGUGAGCUGUGUUUCUUUUCCUAGUUUUUUUUUUCAGGACUGUAUCAUCAAGGGACGUUGAACUUUGGACAGAGUUCACUUCUCCAUGUAGUGCAGUGAUGGGGGAUUUCAGUCCUUGAACAUCUAUGUUCUCUGUUACAUUUACUGAUUGCUAUCUGUGGAAACACUUAUAUGAAAAGAAUGAAAUCAACCUGAUCGUAGUUUGUGGUAUUUUUAAUAUGUUGAAUUUGUUUGGAAGUAUAAUUUUGAGGGUUUUGUUUGGUUGGUUUUGAUCUGUUUUCAUCAAGGUUUUUUUUUUUUUUCUUUGUUGUUGAGUCCUUCGUGGUUUUGCUAUGAGGGUAAUACUACCUUCCAAGAAUAAAUUAGUGUUUAGUCCCUUUAUAUUUAGUGAAAUAGUUUAAGAAGCUUGGUUGAAUUCAGUAGUGAAUUCAUUCAGUCCUAUACUUUUCCUUUUGGGGGCAAAAUUCAUUGCUAGCUUAGUUGUGUUAAUCUUUUACAGUGUUCAUAUUCCCUUCAUUUAUUUUUUUCUUCAUCUGUUCAUUUUAUUUUGUUAAUUGACUGAGAAUUUUAUGCAUGCAUUUUUAUCCAGCCCACCUAUUUCCAUUCCUUUCCUUCUGAUUCUUCUCUCCCCGUCACCACUUUUCCCGCUCCGUUUCCAUUUCUUCUCUUCCAUGUUUAACCUAUAGAGUUUCCUAAUGCUGUCAGCGUGUGCACGGCUGCAGGCCCAUCCACCGCUGCAUAAAUAGCCUCUCCCUGAAGAAAACUGAUGUUUCCUCUCCCAGCAGUCAUCAGUUGUCAACAGAUACUCAGGGGUGGGGCUUUCUAAACACCUCCCUCUCCCAUGCCUGGGUUUUUGUCUGGCUAGAGCUUGUAUGCAAUCACAGCUGUUUGUCAGUUAGUAUGUGCAGCUGUCCUGUUAGGUCGAGAGCACACCAUGUGACUCUAAUAAUCCACUGCCUCUGGCUCUUCCAGUCUUUCUGCUCCCUCUUUCAGCAAUGGUCCCAGGUCCCCUGAGAGAAGGGAUUUGAUACAGAUACACGUCGCAUUUAGGGGUGAGCCCUCCGUAAUCUCUUUUUCUCUGUAUGAUGACCAGCUGUGAGUCUGAUAAUUGCCAUAUACUAAAAAACAAAGGACAAAAACCAAACAAACAAAAUACUCGUGAUAAAGGUUGAGAGAGAGAAAUUUAUCUAUAGGUAUUAAGAUACCCAGAAGAGUUGGAUUUAGCACCAUGUCCUUUUAACAGAAUAAUAGUAGAAAGUUCUCCAUAUUAAUGGUACCAGGCAUGAGUUCCAUCUUGUAGAGUGUGUGGAAUUGGCCUUAAAUCCAGUCAAAAAGUGGCUGGUUAUUCCAACAACAUUCAUGCCAUAGCCAUGGUCAUAUCUUGUCAGACUGGUUAUCACUGUAGACCAGAGGGGUCUCAGCUGGGUAGGCUUCCUGCAGAGUCUUCUCCUCUGGUAGUAGGCACAGCCCCUUCCAGCGCCAUGAAAGCAAGCAAUAGGAUGAAGCCUCUAGGUCAGAAUAAACUUGAUUUCUUCGUGUUCCAUGACUCAGUAAGUGGUGUCUUCAGUAAUAGGGUCUUAUCAUCAAGUUCUGUGUGGUAACCAAGGACAAUAGCAGUAGCCUAUAAUAUUUGGGGGGGUUGUCUAUGGGACUCUACCUCUUGACUUAAUUUUGAUAUUUCAUAACUAUCUUGAAAUUAUCCUUGAUUUUCCAGUUUGUGAUAGCAGCUUUCAAAGUAUCCUCAAAUUAUCCUCUGCAUUUUAUUUCCCAUGUAUUAUAAUGUCUCCCUUUCAACCCUAACUUUAUUCAUAUGAAUAAAUGAAUGAAACGUAAGAUAAUAAGCAGCAAAGGACUUAAUUAAAAUUUUGUAAAUAUUAUGACUGCCUGAAAAUUGAGUAGGGAGCAGCUAUAGGGUUGAAUUUUUUAUUUUUUAUUUUAUGGUGUGGGUCACCCUUCCUCAGUGUACUUUUUGUUGAUGCAACUGACUUUGAGUCACCCAUAUGCCUGUAAGUAACCCCUCAUUCAUACUCCUGUAAGUAAAUCUCAAUAAAGUCAUUGUUCUCCACGUUGA